AUGCGUCUUGCAAAAACAUUGCCAAUAGCUAUCGGAGUCAAUACUUCACCUAUUUUAUCUUCAAAUACAUCAUCAACUUCAACAAGUACAAACAGUCAACAAUCCUCUCCUUUAUCUUCCCAAACUCCUUCCCCAGCCGAAAAUCGUCAAAAAUUUUCAAAUGUUAGACAAGCACUUGGUUGUCUUCCAAAAAGAAUUUCUUUACCAGAAAAUUUACAAUUUCAACCACAAAUUUUACUUAAUUUAAAACAGUCAAUACACGUCGAAAAGCAACUGACUAGCAAUCCUUCCGAUGUUGGCACAUCUUCUCCUUCAUCCGAAUUAAUUACAGUUUAUGAAAAACCCGUUUUAAAAGCUUCCCGUUUACAACAGCAAUAUCAACACCAACAACAACAAAAAAGGAAAGCUGCAAGAAUGCAAUUACUUAGACAACAAAGCCAUUUAGCUCAAAAACAAAAUACUUCAACAAUAUCUUGCCAAAAUAUUGAGGGUUUACAAAGCCCCGACUUUUCUUCAUUUUCUCCAAAUAUUAAAAUAGAAAACAACAAUUUAAUCGAAGAAAUAAAUUCACCAGAAAUUUUAAAUUCUGAUAUCCCGCCCCCUUUAAUUGAAGAAAUUAUGGAUACUAGUUGA